CCUGCUUUCUCGGAGCACUUCCCCGGCCGGAAAGCCGGGCUCCCCAGCCCUCUUCCUCUGGCACAGCCAGGCACGACGCUGGGCAAAGUCUCUCGUUCUCAGGGCGCCCUGUCUGCUGCCAGCAAGCUGCCCACCCAGCUGGGGGCUCCAGGAAGCCAAAGGGAAAAGCAGCCGUGACCCAUCCAAGGCGGUUAAUCAGUGACAAAGGCCGGGCCGGCUGAAGCCUUCUCCAGACAGCUCCUGGAGGGCCAGCCCUUAGGAAGCUGGGGACCAUGGAAUCUUCCCUCAAGUUGCUGGUCCUCCUGUCCUGCCUGGGAGCUUCUGCCCAGCUCUGCGAAAUCCCCCCUGCAAACAGCAACCUGGUGGUGAGAGUCACCCAGAAGCUUCUGGGAUGGAUAGACCAGCAAGCCCCUUUGGAGCUGAACCCCAGCAUCUAUGUGGGGCUCCGCCUGUCCAAACAGCCAAGCCAGGAGCAAGAUGACUUCUAUCUAAAUAGCCUCAUGAUCCAUUACCAGCAGAGUUUCUCCAGCCUGGCGCUGGAGCAUCAACCCAAGCCCUCCAUGGGCCAGCUGGCCCUGUACCUGCUGGCUGUGAGGGGUGGCUGUAGGGAUAUUGACACCAGGAAAGGAAGCAUGCUGGUCACCCAACUGAAGCAUCACCUAGAGGAAGAAAAGCAUCGGAUAGGGCAUAAUCAUGAGGGCUACCCUCUCACCAGCUAUUACCAGUACAGCCUGUCCAUCCUGGCACUGUGCAUCCAUAACAAGAAGGUACCCGGACACGUGGUGGAGAAGCUCCUGCAUGCUGCGGAACACAACCUCUUCCUGCAUGGGCACCAGUUCUCCGUGGACACAGCAGCAAUGGCAAGUUUGACCUUCUCGUGCCUGAAGGAUUCUGGCCUCAACCCAGGCCUGGCCUCUCGGAUCUCCAGUGCCUCAAAGCAUCUCAGGAACAAAAUCCUGGAAGAAGAAACCCCAGAAGGUUACUUUGGAAACAUAUACAGCAGCCCUCUGGCCCUACAGGCCCUGAUGGCAGCUCCUUCGCCUGAGUCAGAGCUAGCCUGCCUCCGGGUUGGGGGUGCUCUUCUGAAGGGCCUGCAGGCAGGGGCCUUCGAGAACCCCAUCCCUCUGUCCCAGCUGCUGCCAGUCCUACACCACAAAACUUACCUCGACCUUAUACAGCUGGACUGCAAUGAUGAAAGAGUGCUAGGUCCUCUGGAAGAGGAUGCCACCACCCCACAGACUCCGGAGCUACGGAUAAUCAGGGUCUCCCUGAGAGUCCAAGGGGAGUUCCAGAACGUGUUCCUUCACAAUGGGCAGUACUUUGUCCCUGAGGGGGCCACGCUGGAAGACGUCAUGAUCAAGGCCCAAGAGGAGGGCCAUUUCAUGUUUGGAACUCAGACCACUUUGUCCGGUUCCUUUUUAACCUCGGUGAUGGGCAUAAGCCCCAGAGAACGUCAGUACUGGCAGCUCCUCCGUGCCCCAGACACUCCCCUGCAGCAAGGUAUUUCCGACUACAAGCCCCAGGAUGGAGAGACUAUCCUUCUGAGGCUGGCCAGCUGGUAGAGGGCUGCUCCCUCAUCCCAAGGCUCCCGCAUCCUGCCCCAAAGUGAUCCAGACCCCCCAUUCGAACCCUCCCACACCAGCUAGGAUGGGGGAUGUCAAACCCUGCCCUCUGCAAAGGAAGCAGGAAUUCCCCACUAGCCUCUUCCCCUAGCCAUCCCUCUGCUCCCUUCAUCCUUCCAGAUCCAGAGGCAUCCACCCACCUAUGACUCCCAUGUGGGACCUCAGCGGGCCCUGCAAAGCUGGCACCCCUGGGGCCCUGCCCUGCCAAUAAGCCAUGUCCAUGGCACUGUAAGGUUCACCAGAAGGAUCUGUGGAAGCCACCCUGGGGAUCCAGUCCAGAUUAACUGAGGAGGCCACAGAGACCAAGAAGAAGGCAGGGUCCCACAAGGUCCGGUCAGGAUCUGAACUCAGGGCUUUUGACUGUUCGGCUAGUUCUAGGCUGCACAUCCUAUGGAUCCACCCCCACCCCUGGGUUAAGGAGUUUCAUCCUCUUAUUAGCCUCCUGAUUCAUCCCUUGCACUGAAUGGAGACUAUCUACUCAGGUUGGACCUUGAUUCCAGCCCCAGGCCCCGUCCCAGUGCAUUUUGGCCCUUUGGUUCUAUCCAGAAUGAUUAAAUCUCUGAUGUUUAA